AUGGAGCAGCACGGAGAUCUCAGCAAACCAUCCUCCAAUGCAAGAGGUAGGAUGACUUGUAUAAAAAAUUGGGAGGAACUAGCUCAAUUACUGAAUAGUGAUGGUAGCGGUGAUACAAAAAGUACUGAGAAAUGGGAGAAGGGGUAUUAUAUUCAGGGUAAUCCCAUAGUGAAUAUUGAACAAGGCAUACUGAAUCCACAACCACAUCACUUAGUAGAAUGUUUUCAAUCUUGUAACCCUGGCCCUUGA